UUCACUUCGAGAACAUGUCUCGAAGGCAUUUUGGUAAGUAAUCCAAUUGUAUAUCUACGAAAUGAUUCGAACUACUUUGGCCGCCUGAAGCGAGUUAUGACACUGAUCAAUAACCUAUUGUAAGUAUUUAUGUUAAGGUGAGUCCAUGCAAUAAGUAAGGGUAAAAUCAAACGAAAGUGGCGUGAACAAAUCAACCCUAUUUAGCCACUUGAAUUUAUGUCGUUAAAUCACGCUUGCCUAUGAGCAUGCGCAUACAAAUAAAGCAAAUGAGAACCUCACCUAUUGCCAAAAGUCCAUUCGACCUCUUUGUAGUUUCCUCCGACCUUCAAAUCUCGUAAGGAUGGAAUAACAGUAACCCAAAACUAAAGAAUGUCUUCUCUACUAUUUCACAGAGCACCGUGGUGGACAGCGGUCUGUGUACGAUGUACUAUGGUGUAUUGACUCAUAGAUGGAAACUUAUCCAACUGAUACUUUUAGCUUACUCAAUAACACUUGGAAUCACUGUGCUGUGUUUUUACAGAGGGUCAAGUAAUGUGGAACAUGUAAAGACACCAUGCGAAGCAGCAUCAGGAAAUGUGGAAUAUGUAAAACCACAAAGCGAAGCAGUAUCAAGAAAUAAAGAACAUAGAAAGCUACAAAGCAAAGCAACAUCAAAUGAUAUGAUACCUGUAAAGCAACCAUCAAAAGAAGCAUUCACCAUUGAGCCCUGGAAAAGUAGAAUGGACGCCUUGAAGAGGGGCUGUGCAUCAGGACGUAAACAAUACCAACUUACCACUUCACAAGUUUCACAGCUGUACUACAGUUCUAGUCGGGCAGGUUUCUCUGUCUGUAAAGUACCAAAGGCGGGGAGUACAUUCUGGACGAUCAUGUUUCUGAUUCUGCAACAGCAAAAACCACCGGAAAAAGUAUUUUUGAUACCAAGGAACAAACUUCACAAUAAGGCCAAAGGCCGUGAAUCACGUCAACCCCCAAACGACUCGUCAUUAAAUAUAAUCGUUUCACGCGACCCUUACACACGCCUUUUUUCAGGUUUUAUCGAUAAGGUCUUCUUAGCAGGACGGAAAUUGGAAGAAAAUCAAGACACCAGCAAUGCAUAUAUCAUAAACGAUUUAGUAUGUGGCUAUAAUACAACUUUUGCUGAUUUCCUAGAUGUCAUCACCAAAAACGCUUUAAAUGGAGGGAAAAUUAAUCAGCACUUGGCACCGGUUUAUUUGCUGUGCAGUGCUUGCAAUAUCAAAUAUCAAGCAGUGUCGCAUGCGGAAACGUUAACAGCCGACACAGAAUACAUUGUGGACAAAUUACAAGUUUCCGAUAGUGAGAAAAGGUCUUUGAAGCAAAUGUUCCACAGGGAGGAAAUUAACAAAACUCUCAGAGGAUUACUAGCAAGUGAAGUACGUCCAUUGAGAUUACCAAAGGAAAUUUGUCCAGAUCAACUAGCAUAUCUAUAUAAACUCUGGCAGUCCCUUCAGAUACAAGGCUAUCUGCACAUACAAAGUACUUUUCCCUGGGACUUUUUCGAGAACGAAAAUAAUUUUGAAGAGAGCUCCAUUGUUAAGCUAAUACUGGACACAAUGGCGAGGCGUCCACUGUCAAACAAAGACAGGAAGUUACAAAGACGUGAUGCCUUGGUAUCUGCGUACAAAAAUGUAGGAAAAGAAACUAUCAAAAGAAUACAAAAAAUGUUUAUGAUGGAUUUUCGUUUAUUUGGUUAUGAUAUUAACCCACCAACGUGAAUGGUGUUUGCACUCAGUGUAUUUACAUAGAUCUUGCUCUCCGAUUGGUUGUUUGGCAGUCUAUUUUAUACAUGUAGCUAAUUAUACUAAAAAGAUAUGAAAAGAUGGGGUUUAAAUCUCGUCCAGGUUGUUUGUUAUUCUUUGAAAAUAUUACUUAUUACGUUCUUAUUCUGACAGCAGGCACAUCAACAUACUGGAAACACUGGUUUUGGUAUUCAAUAACAAAAUAAAAGUAUAUUAAAAUUGACAUCAUUGUUCCUAUUUUAAAUGACGCUAUCUAAGUGUAUAUCAGGUCAAAUUUUACACUUUGUAAUAAUAGCUUUUUUUGAUGUUACACUGUCAUAGUGCUAACCUUCAGCUAGCAAUACCUGUGUAACAUACUAGUAUUCAUUAUUUAACUCCACUUUAUAAAAAAAAUGUUAAAUUACUGAUUUUGACGAUCAUUUUUUUUCUUAGCAACAGAAUAAACUUAUAU